UUAAGGCGGCCGUGAAUAAUUGCGUCUUGUGGGCGCGACACGCUCUACCGAAGGUCCCCGGAGCUGGUGGGGCAUUUAGGGGUGCUCCCGCUGGGUGUCUGGCCUUGUGAGCGCUGAGGUGCUCGCGAGCCGCCCUUCGGAAGCUGUGUCCCCCUUCGCCGGGCUCCUAGUGCGCCCUGGCCGCCGGCCCGCUCCCGGAAGCUACGAAAACCAGUAACAAAGGACCUGCGGGGCCGCCGGCUGCCUGAGCUGCGGGACCCCAGGAUCGGGCAGAUCGGCGGGGCUGAGCGCCCGCGGGGCCACGUGUCCCGGAUCGCGGCGGUGAGCGGAGCGUCUCUCUGAGGCCUUUCCCGGACGCCCGGCCCUCGGCGCCCUCCGGAGCCCUGAUUUCUGCCAACGCACAAGCCGGCUCUGCCCUGAGCAGCUGCAGCUUUGUAUGAAAAAGCUACUGAAGUCUGAUUUUAAUAAAAACUUUUACCAAGUCCUCCUUCUGCGAUUUUUGUUUUGUUUUGUUUUGGUGCAAUUUGCAAUACUCUACCUCCUCGCCUCCUUUCUCCUUUUGGUGUAUUAUCCACGAGUCGAACCUGGGAUGAGCGUCUCGUAAUUGCAAGUAGAACUGUUCAACGUCACGACGGAAUAGUACUCAAAAUGGACAAAAAGUCCUUUGAAACGGUGCUGGAUGAAAUUCGAAAGGUGGUCGAUCUCCUAAGGUACUUCUCCUGGGCAGAGCCACAGCUGAAGGCCAUGAAAGCACUCCAGCACCUGGGCUUCCUGUUGCCUGGAAUACCUGACGUGAUGAAGUUGAUUUUUGCUAACACUUUCUUUUUUAUGUUACAGGCUUCUAAGGCAGGCUGCAAAGCCCCUCCUGCCAUGAUUUCUUCAUGUGGAACCAUCCCAGGAAACCCCUAUCCCAAAGGAAAACCCAGUCGCAUAAAUGGAAUUUUCCCUGGAACUCCUCUGAAAAAGGAUGGUGAAGAAAUUACCAACGAAGGGAAAGGAAUAGCAGCGUGGAUUCUCGGGCCAUCUAAACCACCUCCUUCAACCUACAAUCCACACAAACCUGUCCCCUACCCAAUACCUCCAUGCCGGCCGCAUGCAACUAUCGCACCAAGUGCUUACAACAAUGCAGGUCUGGUACCAUUAGCCAAUGUGAUAGCUCCAGGCGUCCCUCCUCCGCCUCCAUACACUCCAAAUCCAGCAGGAACAGACAAUGAAGAUCUUUCCAGUCAGUCAAAACCUACACAGAGUCAAACAUUUUCCACCCCAGCGAGUCAACUCUUCUCUCCUCAUGGUUCUAAUCCUUCGACUCCAGCUGCGACUCCAGUACCUGCUGCGUCCCCAGCCAAGGCUGUCAACCAUCCAUCCGUGUCAGCAGCUGCCACCGGGGCUGGAAUGAGUGCGCCCAACCCUGCUCUGGCGGUGUUCCCAACGCCUCAGCCAUCCACCCCGAACCCGACUGUGAUCCGGACUCCCUCCAUGCCCGCAGCACCUGUUACUUCCACCCACAACACCACACCCGCUCCGGUCCCUUCAAUUUUUUCUGGUCUAGUGCCACUGCCAGGUCUAUCUGCCACCCCCACCCCAUCCACUCAGGCCAGCUUGACGCCAAGGGUCACUCUGGCUUCCAGUGAGACAUUUGCUUCCACUUGUGCCCCAUUCACUGGCCACUCCUCGGCCAGCUCUACUGCUGGGUCAGCCAGUAACCCAAUCACAGCUCCCCUCUCAACGGUCUUCACAGGUCUGCCUUUGCCCUUCCCACCAGCAUCCCACAGCAUAGUCACCCCGACUCCUUCUGUAAUUGCCAGUGCUGCGGGUCGACAUGGUGUAAAUAGCCCCCUUCUGUCUGCCUUAAAAGGCUUUCUUACAUCAAAUGACACACACUUAAUCAAUUCCUCCGCCUUGCCAUCUGCGGUCUCAAGCGGACUGGCUUCAUUAUCCUCUCUUCCCAAUCGAAACUCAGAUUCUCCUGCCUCAGCCACUAACAAAUGCUAUCCCCCUGCCGCUGUUCCUGCUGCACAGCGGUCUUCCACCCCAGGUCUGGCCAUGUUCCCAGGCCUGCAGUCUCCUGUGGCUAGUGCCACCUCUGCAGCCCCAACGCUGCCUGCACAGUCUCUAUUAGCUACCCCCUCGUCCACGGCAGUGCCAGUCAGCUGUGGCUCCUCAGGCUCGCUUUUGCACGGUCCCCAUACAGGUGGCAUCUCAUCUGCCCCUGCUGCAGCAACUAUGCCCAUUACGAUAAAAAGUGAGCCCACAAGCCCCCCACCCUCAGCCUUCAAAGGCCCAGCUCACCCCGGGACUCCUGCUCGGGGUACCUUGGGCCUGUCGGGUGCCCUGGGCCGUGGGUACCCCACGACCUCAGUGCCCAUCAGUGCGUCCACUUGCCUUAACCCUGCGCUGUCUGGGCUCUCCAGCCUGAGCACCCCGUUAGCUGGUUCUAUGUCCCUUCCACCGCACGCAUCCUCCACACCCAUCGCGCCUGUCUUCACUGCCCUUCCCCCUUUCACUUCAUUGACUAAUAGUUUCCCUCUACCGGGCAGUCCCUCCCUCAAUCCUGCUGUAUCCCUCGCGGGGCCGUCGACCACCACCACAUCUGCAGCUGUACACCCUAGCUCUGCAACUGUACGCUCAGUGCUGCCCACCUCCAAUACCUCGCCCGCGGCCUUCCCACUCAACCUGUCCACCGCUGUGCCCUCGCUCUUUGCGGUCACCCAGGGCCCACUGCCGACCUCUAACCCGUCCUACCCCGGCUUCCCUGUCUCCAGUGCCCCAAGCAGUGCUCCCACACUGCCCUCGUUCCCAGGGCUGCAGGCGCCCUCCACGGUGACCGUUACCCCAUUGCCAGUGGCUGCCUCGGCUCCAUCGCCUGCACCUGUCCUCCCCGGGUUUGCCUCAGCCUUCAGUUCCAACUUCAAUUCCGCCCUGGUGGCACAAGCCGGUUUGUCUUCUGGACUCCAAGCUGCGAGUAGCUCUGUUUUUCCAGGCCUUCUGUCCCUCCCAGGUAUCCCUGGAUUUUCCCAGGCUCCUCCACAGUCAUCCCUGCAAGAGUUACAGCACAGCGCAGCUGCACAGUCGGCUUUGUUACAGCAGGUCCAUUCAGCAUCGGCUCUGGAGAGCUACCCGGCUCAGACAGACGGCUUUCCUAGCUAUCCUUCCACACCAGGAACACCAUUUUCUCUGCAAACAGGCCUAUCCCAAAGCGGAUGGCAAUGAAUUUUAAAGGUGUUUAUUCUUCUUGGGAACAACAUGAGAUUUAUCCAGGAAUUGCAAUGAACAAUCUGACAGAUGAAAUUGGCCAAUAAUUUGAGAGUAAGAGUUCCUUAGGGACAUGGGGACAGAGCUUAAAAGUUCAGGUUGUGUUUUUAAAGUGGUUGUAUCAGAACCCUUAAUCUGACCUAUGUAAAUAAGAUGACAAUAAAUUGUAUUGAGAAUAGUAUUUUAAACAUACUUGGGGGCUUACUACCUCCCUUCCUAUAAGCUUUGAAUUAUGUGAGUGAGCCACAUAGACUAUUGAAGAGAGGAGACUGAAGUCCUUUUAGCCGAAUACAGCCUUAAGUCUGCUUGUAUUGCCUCCACAGACAGAAGUGAUAGUUGUGCCUCUGGCUGCAUGUGGCCCUGGGGGUGGGGUGGGGGGUUAUAUUCUUCAGAUGCAUGUUAGCAUCAACUGGAGCAUAGUAUUCCUAUGUAUCAACAACAGGGGGCUUGAGACAACUGUUACUUUUAAUUUAUUACCAAUAGUCAUACGUACUGCUGAAUUUAACCGAAUAUAUUUCAGGAAAGUAAAAAUGGUGCUUACUAUAGUCAUUAGAAUGACUUUCAGGUGUUUUUAACUAAAAAUGUAUACCCAGAACUACUUCUAGAUCUCUAAGUAAGGGAGGCUUAGGAUAAUUUGGCAAAACAUCUUUCACAAUCUCAAGCAGUAAGCUGAUGGGUGCCUGGGCCACCACUAUUGCUCACUGUACCCGAGAAGCUCUUGGUGAAUGUUUACAAUCAUGGGAUGUAUUUUCACUCACACACUCAUCUGAAAUGAAUGUGCGGCAGAAAGAAGACGUGUUCUGUCUGUGCGUGCAGUGUGCGCUAAGGACCUGUGCAGGUGGACCUUGACCCACCGUCAUCCUCAACAGUAGUUGCCACACUGGGGUAGGGGAAGUGGGGAGAAUGUAAACCAUAGAAUCUACUGUAGUGCAUCUCAACAUCUAGAAAUUCUACUUUUAUAAAGAUGGUGUCUGGAAGAUGUUACAAAUGUAUUUUCCUUCAACGCGGGGAACAAACUUUUUAAGUAUAUCGAAUAAUCCUGUAUGGGUAGUUUUUAACAUUUUUUAAAAAUAAACUUUAUGGAUAUCACAAA